AUGCCCUACCACCAGCUUAGAAUCUUCACACUGUCCACCAUGAAAAUCCAACAACCUUACAGCCGUGCUCAAAUGGAAGACAACAUCCAAAAGGCCAUUGUUGCGCUUCAAUUGAAGGAAUCCAAAUCAAUUAGACUUGCUGCAGAGUACUUUGAAGUUCCCAAGUCAACUCUUGCUGAUAGGAUGUCUGGGAAGAAAACUGUGGCAAUUCAGUGGAAAGUGCUUACAAAAGCAGCCGUCAUACCCCGCAAAAUCAAGGCUGCUACCGGCCUGUCAACUACUAACCACAAAUAA